AUGAGCAUUGGCGAAUUAUUCGGUUUGGAUAAAAUAUUUCGCUUCAUGAAGAUUAUAAAAGAACUCGGUGGGAUCAGGGCAACACUGAAAAAGCGUUACUUAAUGGAUGAAACAAGAAGUGGAACAUUUGUUGGAGAAGAUAAAUUUGGUAAUAGAUAUUAUGAAGACAAAAGUUAUAAUGUGCCUCGUAGUCGUUGGGUAGAAUAUCCUGAAUAUCGUUGGCUUGAAUAUGAUGCAUCUCAAAUACCUCCUGAAUGGCAUCAUUGGUUACACCAUAUGACAGAUAAAACUCCGGUUCAGAAUCCACCAGUUCAGCGGAAAUGGAUUCUUGGUCAUGAAGAGAACUUGACACUUGAACUGGACAAGAAAUAUGUUCCGUACUCUACGACCCGAUCAAAGAUUGUUGGCUGGCAACCGAAAAAUGAAUAA